AUGGCGGACUACAGACGCGAUGCGUUUAUAACGGUCUGCGGGCGCGUAAACGGAAACACGAGGCACUCAACAAAAUGGACGACGGAAGUUGUGUGGCUAUUUGCGCUGUUAGCCGUUUGUCAUGGCUACCAGGAACAGAGAUUUGCUAUGGAACCUCAGGACCAGAGUGCAAUAGUCGGUUCGAGGGUGAUAUUCCCUUGUCGUGUGGAAAACAAAGCGGGUACACUUCAAUGGACAAAAGACGACUUCGGUCUUGGCACACAUCGCAACCUGAGUGGCUACGAGAGGUACACGAUGACUGGGAGCGACGAAGAAGGAGAUUACUCACUAGACAUAAGAGAUGUAACUCUAGAAGAUGACGCCAAAUAUCAAUGUCAAGUUAGUUCUGGAUUGAAUGGUGAACCUGCUAUCCGCUCCCGCUAUGCUCAGCUUACAGUGUUAGUAGCACCAGAACCACCUCGGAUCAUUCAAGGUGCAUUCAUUGACGCCACUGAGGACCAGCCUAUUGAGAUAGAAUGCGUCUCUGUUGGAGGGAAACCAGCUGCAGAGAUAACCUGGGUAGAUGGUAAUCAAGCUGUGAUAAAAAAUAAAGAUGAUAAGAAAAUAGAGCUUAUGCCUGAUGGUCAGAGGUUCCAAACAAGGUCAAUACUGCGGUUAACACCUACCAAGGAUGAUCACAACCGUACUAUAACCUGUCAAGCGCAAAAUACCGCAGAUAGAGCAUAUAGAAUGGCCACAGUAUAUAUUGAGGUCAAAUACGCUCCAAAGGUGGAGGUUAAAAUCAAAUCAGGAAUAGAGGAUGGUAAAAUCAGAGAAGGUACGGAAGUCAGGUUUCUCUGUGAGGUAGACGCGAAUCCUCCGCCACAGGUGUACAGGUGGUACAUCAACGACAAUCCAGUAAUAGGAGACUACUCAGAGGAAAUGAUAAUCUUCAACGUGACUCGCAAGCAUCACGAGGCGGUGGUCAAGUGUGAAGUCAGCAAUAAAAUUGGGAAACGGGACAAAACUGUCAAAUUAGAUGUUACUUAUCCCCCAGCAUUUCGAACGAAACCACAAAAUGUGGAAGCAGAAAAAGGUACGACUGCGACUCUCACGUGUGACGUAGAUGGGCAGCCGUCUCCAAAGAUCAGAUGGUUAUUCCAUGAACCAGGUCGCAUCGAGCAGGUUAGGGCGAAAACUUCAACCUAUAAAGUCUACGUCACUGAGAGUUCAGCUGGUCGUUACAUCUGCAAAGCUUCUGUAGAAGGAUUCCCCGAAAUCGAGAGUGAAGCAACCGUAUUUAUUAAAAGUGCACCAAAGAUUCUUUCCAAUAGAACACAAUUUGGAUCAGAGGGAGAAAGCGCUAAAGUGGAAUGCUUUGCUCUCUCUGUUCCCAAGCCUGAUGAUAUAAGAUGGUAUUUUGAAGGACGGGAAAUCAGUGCCAUACACGACCCGGACGUUGCUACUCUAGAAGAGAGCUUACCCGAUGGUACAAUCAAAUCCACCUUGGUAAUAAGGGCCAGCCAGUCCAAGCAUUACGGAACUUAUAGUUGCAGCGUUACUAACGAAUAUGGGAAUGAUAAUGCUGCAAUUACCUUGAAGCCUUUAAAAACCCUUCCCCUCUUCAUCAUAUUGAUUGGUGUAACAUCAGGCAUCAUCAUUUUCUCAGCCUUCAUCGUUCUAGUUGUGUUAUGCCAUAGAAAAAGAAGGCAGAAGAAUAGGAAAGUGAAUGAGAAACCUGACGUGACUGUCACAUCGGGGGAUAUAUAUAAAGAGAGCGAUAGAAGUUCGAAUAUCAGCGAUCUGAAACCGCAAUUGCAUCAGAGCGAUGGAAGUUAUGAAUUGGACUAUACGAGUUCCGACAGAUCGGACAUAAAGGUGUCAACUGGGCUUCCGCUCGCCGGUCCGGUGCCACUGCCGGGCAUCCGGCACGACGAGACGCUCAUGCAGUUCCGGUACAGCAACGAUUAUUCCGACCCUACUUAUGGGGAUCCUUAUUUUAAGAAUCCCAGUGGGUAUGUGUAUGACUACCCCCAGGGGUAUGUACCGCCCCCUAACUUAAGAGUACAGUCUCCAACACAGUUGGAAGUACCACAAAAUAGGUCGCUGCAAGGUUCACUGACGCGUAGUAUAGACACAGCGUCGACGUUACCCUUGUCAGCGAUCAUUGGAUCUCAAAAUAACUCUUUACAACGAACGAAGUCUCCAGACGAGACGGACGCUAUAAAUAAUUUAGGGUUGCCAGUUGACGGCGAAACACCACCCCUGCCAAUUUACGCACAACCCACGACGAAGCCAAACAGUGGGGUGGACUUGAGAUACUCAGCCACGUACGGGAAUCCUUACUUGAGGAACAGUUCUUUAGGCUACGGACACCAAGUGCAUACAGCCAAGCCUGCUGCUACACCAGCACCGCCACCGUACUCGGCCGUAAGGAGUUCCGUCGUCAUGCCAACGGGGAAUGGAAAUCAACCAUCGCAGGCUACCCACGUUUAG